CAGGAAAAUAAACUAGUUGAGAGAAGAUCCCCAAGUAAAUUCCAAGAAUGACUAGCUAUGUGGAUGGAUUUCAUUAUCCUGGUGCUUCACAGAGAAUGUCUUACAAAAAAUUUGGAGAAACAGAUAUGGAACUAUCUCUACUGGGAUUUGGUGGCGGAGGCCUUAGUGGAUUUUAUGAAGAGUUCGAGGAAGAUGACGCUGUUGAAGUAGUUCGGGAAGCUUUAAAGAAUGGUAUCAAUUAUAUUGACACAGCUCCAUAUUAUGGUGAAGGAAGGUCUGAGACUAUUAUUGGCAAGGCUUUAAAAGGCAUCCCUCGGAAAGCUUACUACAUUUCCACUAAAGUAGGAAGAUAUUGUACCAAAAUAGAUGAGCAAUUUAAUUAUUCUGCAGAGAAAAUAAAAUCCCGAUUUGAAAUUAGUCUGAAACUAUUAGGUUUAGAAUAUGUAGACAUGAUAAUAGUUCAUGACGUAGAAUUCGCAAAAAUGAAAGAUAUACUUGAAGAGGCACUUCCAACUCUUCAAGAUAUUGUUAAGUCUGGUAAAGCAAGGUACAUUGGAAUUUCAGGAUAUCCUCUGAGCAGGCUCUGGGAUGUCAUCAAUAGAACAAAUAUAAAACUUGACUUUGUUAUGUGCUACGGUCGAGAUACAUUAAUAGAUUCUAGCCUUGAUAAAUAUUAUCCUUUGUUUAAGAGCAAAGGACUUGGAAUUGUGAGUGCAGCAGCUACAGCAUUACAAAUGUUGACCAAUGCAGGCCCUCAGCCUUGGCAUCCUGCUUGUGACUCUAUCAAACAGUUGUGUUCUAAGGCUUCAGAUUAUUGCAAGGAGAAGGGUGUAGAGCUUGGUAUACUUGCUAUACAUCACACUCUUAUUAGUCCAAAUACUGAAACUUUGCUUGUUGGUAUGAAUUCGAUGGAUAUUUUACAAGCAAAUCUCGAGCUUCUAUUUAAUAAAUUGACACCUGCAGAGGAAGAAGUUUUGAGUUACAUCCAAAAACAUAUUUUAAACAGAAGUGAUAAUUUAAAUUGGGAAGGAGAAGAACUAAAAAAAUUCAACAUGGUUAUGGAUUGAAUUCUCAAAAAUUUACAAUUGGAACUUAUCUAGAUAACAGAAUAUGAAGAAUCAAGA